AACAAAAAUGUUAAAGAAACAAGAAUGAAAUUGCACGUGCCAUACGUGCUGUCCCACCACGCAGCCACCUGUUUUUACUCUGUUGUUGUUGCUGUGUUUGUUGCUCAGUCUCUCUUUCUCUCUUCUCUCUCACUCACUGCGUCAUUCAUUGCUUUUUUCCUUUUUCUCCAUUAAACCAUUUUUGCCUUUUUAUUAAUACAAUUAUACUUUUUUUCUUCUUACAAGUUUUCAGUUUUCUCAUUCAUCAAAAAACCCAUUUUACCAACCAAAACCGCUCCAAUUUUCAUUCCCCAAAAACAAAACCUUUUUCAUAUGUGUUGAGUUUUUGCCUCCUUUUUAAUGGCUCUUACUCUUCACAAUCACAAAACCCUUUCUUUCACUCUAUACUAUUAUACCUUUUCUUUUCUUCUUCUUCUUUUUCUGUUUCUUCCUUUUGCUUUUGCUUCUGCUUCUGAUAACUCACAAUCACACCAUGAUUUUUCUAUCAUGGAUUCUCAAUUCGACUCGUUUUACAGCGAUUAUACACCUCCAUCACCUCCACCACCACCACCGGAGCCACACCCACCUUCUCUUUCAUGUGAACAAGAUCUCAAAGGAAUUGGGUCUCUGAACACUACAUGUGAUGUCAAUUCUAGUUUAAUCUUCGAUGGUGACGUUUAUAUAGCAGGAAAUGGAAGCCUUAAUAUACUUCCUGGUGUUAAUUUGAGUUGCCCCAUUUUGGGUUGUGUAAUCAAGAUUAACAUGAGUAAUGAAUUUACUUUGCAAAAGGGUUCUGUUAUUGUUGCUGGUACAGUUGUUGUUUGGGCUAAAAAUUCAAGCUUUUUUGAUGGGUCGGUGGUUAAUGUUACUGGGUUGGCCGGUUCACCACCGGCUCAGACAAGUGGCACUCCUUCAGGAACUCAGGGUGCUGGUGGAGGAUAUGGUGGAAGAGGUGCCACGUGUGUCUCUGAUAAUACUAAGCUUCCUGAUGAUGUUUGGGGUGGUGAUGCUUAUUCUUGGUCUACACUUGAUAAGCCUUGGAGUUAUGGGAGUAAGGGAGGGACUACUAGUAAAAAUGAGAGCUAUGGUGGUGAAGGAGGUGGAAGAAUAUGGCUUAUAGGGGUUGAUAAUUUACAUGUUUCUGCAGAUGUUUUGGCAAAUGGAGGUGAGGGUGGAAUUAAGGGUGGAGGUGGUUCUGGUGGCAGCAUUUAUCUUAAAGCUCAUAGAAUGACCGGAACUGGCACAAUUAGUGCUGCUGGAGGUGGUGGGUUUGCUGGCGGUGGAGGAGGAAGAAUUUCUAUCGACGUCUUCAGUAGGCAUGACAAUACGGAUUUCUUCAUUCAUGGAGGAGUGAGUUUGGGAUGUGCUGGCAACGCAGGUGCUGCAGGGACAUAUUAUGACGCUGUACCUCGUAGUCUUACCAUUUGCAAUCAUAACCUGUCUACACAAACUGAUACACUUCUGUUAGAGUUUCCUAAGGUGCCUCUUUGGACAAAUAUUUAUGUCCAGAAUCAGGCCAAGGCAUUAUUUCCUUUAUAUUGGAGCCGUGUUCAGGUCGGCGGACUAAUUCGAUUGACCUAUGGAUCUGCUUUAAGCUUUGGGCUUGCUCAUUUCAGUUCAUCAGAGUUUGAGUUGAUGGCCGAAGAGCUUCUGAUGAGUGACUCUGUGAUCAAAAUAUUUGGAGCUCUUCGUAUGACUGUCAAGAUUCACCUGAUGUUGAAUUCCAAGAUACUUAUAGAUGCUAAUAAUGAUUCAAUUGUUGCAACAUCCUUACUCGAAGCUAGUAACUUAGUAGUUCUCAAGGAUUCAUCUAUUAUUCAUUCUAAUGCAAAUUUGGGAGUACACGGACAAGGUUAUUUGAACUUGUCUGGACCUGGAAAUUUGAUCGAAGCACAACAUCUGAUUUUGUCACUAUUUUAUAGCAUCAGCGUUGGACCUGGAUCUGUUUUAAGAGGUCCUUUGGAGACUGCUGUGGAUGAUAAUAUGACAAUGCCACAACUCUACUGUGAACAUGAAAAUUGCCCUGUUGAAUUGCUUCAUCCUCCUGAAGAUUGUAAUGUGAAUUCUUCACUGGCUUUCACUCUUCAGAUAUGUCGGGUUGAAGAUGUUAGUGUUGAAGGCACCAUAACUGGCUCCGUUGUGCACUUUCACUGGGUUAGAAGUGUAGAAGUUGGAUAUUCUGGAGCGAUCAGUGCAUCUGGGCUGGGUUGUACUGGAGGGUUGGGUAAAGGAAGGUAUUUUGAAAAUGGUAUUGGUGGUGGAGGUGGGCAUGGAGGAUAUGGUGGAGAUGGAUAUUACGAUGGCAAUUUCAUUGAUGGUGGUACCUCUUAUGGGAAUGCUGAUUUACCAUGUGAACUAGGUAGUGGCAGUGGAAAUUAUAGCAUAGCCGGUGCAACUGCAGGUGGCGGCAUUAUUGUGAUGGGUUCAUUGGAGCAUUCAUUGUCAAGUUUGACUUUGAAUGGUUCGCUGAGUUCUGAUGGAGAAUCCUUUGGAGAAGGCAUAAGAAGGCAGGAUGGUAGGACGUCAAGCAUUGGCCCUGGUGGAGGCUCUGGUGGAACUGUUCUUGUGUUUGUUCAGACAUUGGCGCUUGGUGAGUCUUCCGUGAUAUCAACAGUUGGAGGACAAGGGAGUCCGAGUGGCGGCGGAGGUGGAGGUGGUGGAAGGGUUCACUUUCAUUGGUCUAAUAUUCCAGUCGGAGAUGAAUACAUCACUUUAGCAAGUGUUAAGGGAAGCAUUAUUACAGGAGGCGGUUAUGGUGGAGGUCAGGGUCUUCCUGGAAAAAAUGGAUCUAUCAGUGGAAAAGCGUGUCCUAAAGGGCUUUAUGGUAUCUUCUGUGAGGAAUGCCCUGUUGGUACAUACAAAAAUGUCAGUGGGUCUGAUCGAGCCCUUUGUCAUAAUUGCCCGCCUCAUGAGCUUCCGCAUCGUGCUAUAUAUAUUCCCGUUCGAGGUGGUGUGGCAGAGACUCCUUGUCCAUACAAGUGCACAUCUGACAGAUAUCACAUGCCAAACUGUUAUACAGCUUUUGAAGAGUUGGUAUACACUUUUGGUGGGCCAUGGUUUUUUGGUCUUAUUCUCUUGGGCCUCCUUGUUGUGCUUGCUCUAGUUCUCAGUGUUGCACGAAUGAAAUAUGUAGCUGUGGAUGAUUUACCAGCCCUAGCAACUCCUGCUCGAAAUGACACUCGACUGAAUCACUCUUUCCCCUUUCUGGAAUCACUGAAUGAGAUUAUUGAAACAAGUAGAAGCGAGGAAUCUACAGGUCAUGUGCAUAGGUUAUAUUUCCAGGGGCCAAAUACAUUCAGUGAACCUUGGCACCUCCCUCAUUGUCCUCCAGAGCAAGUAAAAGAUAUUGUAUAUGAAGAUGCCUUCAAUAGGUUUGUGGAUGAGAUUAAUAGUUUAGCUACUUAUGAAUGGUGGGAAGGGUCUAUAUAUAGUAUCCUUUGUGUCGCUGCAUAUCCCCUUGCUUGGUCAUGGCUGCAAAGGUGUCGGAGACAGAAGUUGCAGAAACUUCGUGAAUUUGUUCGAUCAGAGUACGAUCAUGCUUGCUUACGCUCUUGCCGUUCAAGAGCCCUUUAUGAAGGCUUGAAGGUAUCUGCAUCAUCUGAUCUGAUGCUGGCAUAUAUGGACUUCUAUCUUGGUGGAGAUGAGAAAAGACCUGAUCUGGCUCCUCGCCUUCAUCAAAGAUUUCCCAUGUCUAUAAUUUUUGGGGGAGAUGGAAGUUACACAAGUCCUUUCUCUAUUCACAGUGAUAACAUUCUAACCAGCCUCAUGAGUCAGUCCGUUCCAUCAACUAUAUGGUAUCGAUUAGUGGCUGGUCUUAAUGCUCAAUUACGCUUAGUUCACCGUGGACAUCUAAAAGCAACUUUCGCACCUAUUAUUAGCUGGCUUGAUGUAUUUGCAAAUCCUAAAUUGGCUACAUAUGGGGUGCGUGUUGAUCUUGCAUGGUGUCAGCCCACAGCUUCUGGAUAUUGCCAAUUUGGACUUGUGGUACAAGCUACUGCGAAUGAAAACGUGUCAUCCUCAGGAGAAAGUUAUGACGAUUCAAGAGUAACCGAAAAACAGUCUGGUUUGCUUAGAAGUCACGGAAAUCCAAUGCAUCGCUUGACAAACAGUGAACACCUGGUGAUGCCUAGAAGGAUGUCUGGUGGAACAUUGAAUGGCAAGAUCCUAAGAAUACUUAAAGAGAAGAAAACUAUAUAUUUUCCGCUUGCUUUAAUUAUGUAUAAUACAAAACCUAUUGGACAUCAGGAUCUAGUCGGCCUGGUUAUUUCUAUAUUACUCCUGGGUGAUUUUAUCUUAGUGUUGCUUACCUUACUUCAGAUGUACUCGCUGUCGCUGGUGAAUUUCUUCUUAGUUUUAUUUAUCCUCCCUCUUGGUGUUUUAUUUCCAUUUCCAUCUGGAAUCAGUGCUUUGUUUAGCCAAGGACCUAGGAGAUCAGCCGGCCUUGCUCGUCUAUAUGCUUUGUGGAAUCUGACCUCCCUAGUCAAUGUUGUAGUUGCCUUCAUUUGUGGAUUUAUUCAUUACACAGUUUAUUCACAUGACAAGCGUUCCAACAUUCAGUCCUGGAGUUUUAGUAUGGAUGAAAGUGAAUGGUGGAUGCUACCUACUGGUCUAUUCGUCUGCAAACUAAUUCAAGCGCGUCUUAUUGAUUUUCAUGUGGCUAACCAGGAAAUACAAGAUCCUUCAUUGUAUAGCAGUGACCCCGAUGUUUUCUGGAAUUCUUGAUAGUUUUGUCACCUGACUCUGCAUUUUCCUUUCCCUGUAAAGUGGGUAGAGCUUAACUAUAGGUAGGAGCCCUACAUUGGGAUGUACAAAUUGUACAAUGAUAGGAAAGGUUCAUAAAAUUGUAUGUGAUGUGUGAAAUGGGUUGAUUACAUGAUUUUUGAUUGAUGAUUACCCCAUUACUAUAGUUUUACUUUUUGAUAUAUACAAGAAUUUUCAGGGUUUAUGUCCCUUCUGUAAUAAUGGUGGCCGGAUAUCUCAAUGCAUAUACUGCUAAAAUUUAUUGGUCUU